GCACACUACUUCCCUAUGCAGAGCCAUACAAAGCACUCCAUACAAAGCAGUGUGCUUACAGUGUAAAGCACACACAGCCCACAUAGUAAAACAGCACACAGUUAACCCUUUGAUCACCCUACAUGUUUAACCCCUUCCUGCCCAGUGCCAUUAGUACAGUAUCACUGCUUUUUAUUAGCACUUAUCACUGUAUUGGUGUCACUGGAGAUGUCAGUGACACCAAGUCAGUUCCCCCCAGUGUCAGAAUGCCCGCCGCAGUCCUGCUAUAAGUCGCUGAUUGCCGCCAUUACUAGUAAAAAAAUAAAUCCCAAUAUAUAUACCGCCA